AUGAAAAACAAAACCAAACAAAUAAAUAAUGAUGAUGACGAUGAUAAAGAAGAAAUGAAAAGAAUAAAAUUAUUUAACCAAAGAUUAAAGGAAAUAAAAAUUCAAGAAUCACCUGAAGAUAUUGCACGUUAUUUAGAAGAGAGAAGGAGAAGAUAUCCUUCAAAAGCAAAUAUUGAAGCAAAAAAGAAAGAAGAAGAAGACGCUAGAAAAAGAGGUGAACUUUUAUAUAAUAAUAAUAAUAAUUCUAAAAAAAAACAAACUCCUGAUAAAAAGAAAAAACUUGAAAAUCAAACUUCAAAAAAUAAUAAUAAAUCAUCCACUACUAAAACUGAACUAACAAAUACCACCACCAAUACAAGCUCCACAACCAACCCCACUACUGACACAACCACCACCACCACCAAUGUAGUAUCAAUACAAAAAGAAAAUGAAAAUCAAGAAAAAGAAAAUAAUGAUAAUGAUAAUGAUAAUGAACCAAUUGAAGUUCCAUCAACUUUAGAGUUUAAUAAAUUUGAAGAAAAACCGAUAAAAGAAGUAAAAGUAAAUACUGCCAGUAGCAAUAAAAGAAAUAAAAAAAGAAAUAAUCCAAAAAAAGUAAAAGAAGAACCUCAAGUUAAUAAAUUCCAAGAUUCACUUUUUACCAAAUUAUUUGAAAGAGAUAUUUCAGCUGAAAAUAAUAUUAUUCUCCAAUGUUUUAGACAUUUUGCAAACAAAAUUAACCAAAUUAAUGGUAAUGAUAAAUUGGAUGAAAAGAAAGAAAUUUAA